AAUCGGUCGACCUCUAAUUUAGAGUACUGAAAAGGACACAUAACUUCCAACAUCUGAUUCAGUAUAAGCAGGCGCUGGUGAAGAGAACUAUUCAUCAGACAGAGGUCAUGUUGGCGUCGGUUCUGUGACACCAUUGGAAGGGCGACACCAGUGGGAGAAGUAUGGGGAUGAUUCAGAGGAUGAGUGGGGUCAGAAAGGAAUGGGAUUAUCCAGUGUUGAUGAGUGGGAAGGAUGUGGCAGUAACAGAAGAGGAGAAGGCAGGGAUGUUGGCCAAAGCCUUUGUCCAAGUGCAUAGCUAGGCAAAUUUGUCAGAUGAGGGGGAGAGCGAGAACGAGAGAGGAGCAUCCUAGAGUGCUGGAUAGGAGGGAGGAUGUAAAUGAUGUGUUGAAUGCACCAUUUACAAUGGCAUAGGUGAAAAGGGCAAUGGGUAAGGCUGGGUUAAAUUCACCUGGGAAAGAUGAGGUGUGCUAUGUUAUGUUGGCCCAUCUUAGUGAUGAGGCACUGGAUAAAAUAUUGGUGUUGUACAACAGAGUGUGGGAGGAGGGGAAACUACGAGGCAGCUGGAAGGAGGCAGUAGUGGUACCAAUCUGGAAGCCAGGGAAAGACCCAAUGAGGCCAACAAGCUAUUGGCCAAUAGCCUUAACAUCACUAAGAUUAUGGAGUGUAUGAUAACGGAGAGGCUAACUUACUUCCUGGAGAGCAGUAUUGCCACAUCAGAGCGGAUUCAGGAAGGGUAGGGAAACAAUAUACCCAGUGCUCUGCUUAGAGGCACAGGUCAGGAAGGCUCAGAUGAACAAGAAGAGUGUUGUAGCUGUAUUUUUUUAUGUGGAUAAGGCAUGUGAUAUGAUGUGGAAGGAGUGGUUGUUAAUAAAGCUUGAUAUUAUGGGGGUAGGAGGAAGAACAUACAACUGCAUAAAGGAUUUCCUGUUUGGAAGGUCUAUCCAGGUGAGGGUGGGGAAGUCUAUCAGGCAGCUACAUGGUGGAUAAUGGUACACCGCAGGGGAGCGUGAUUAGUCCUCUGUUGUUCUCAAUCAUGAUCAAUGAUGUUUACUCUCAGGUACAGCCGGAUAUUGGGAGGUCGUUAUUUGCAGAUGAUGGGGCCUUAUGGAAGAGCGGAGGAAAUGUACCAUAUAUAGUCAGGAAGGUACAGGAAGCAAUUGAUGAGGUUGAGCGGUGGGCAUUAAUGUGGGGAUUCAGGUUCUCUGUAGAGAACUGACAGUGUUCUUUACCAGGAGGAAGGUGGGAUAUAAGUUAUGCUUGAGGUUAUAUGGGAGAAACUUGGAGCGGGUGGAGGCCUUCAGGUUCUUUAGGGUAUACUUUGAUACUAGAAUGGCCUGGGCAGAACACAUUGAGAGAGUGGUGGGAAAGUGUAAGAAGAUACUAAAUGUGAUGCACUGUCUGACAGGGAAGGAGUGGGGGGCUGGGCAUGCCUCAUUGAGGACCAUGUAUGUUGCAUUGAUCCGAUCUGUAAUAGACUAUGGCAGUAUAACGUAUGGUUCGGCAGCCCGGACAUCAUUGGAAAGGCUAGAUGUCAAACAGGGGCAAGGACUCUAAAUAUGUAGUGGGGCGUUCCGGAUGUCCCCAGUGGCUGCACUACAGGUGGAGAUGGGGGAAAUGCCAUUGCAGAUUAGGAGACAGCAUCUGGCAAUGUAUUAUUGGGUCCGCCUAAAAGGACAUGGGGUGUCUCAGCCUGCGAAAGGGAUUUUACAGGCAUGCUGGGAACAUGAGCGAAGGUCGAACACAAGCUUUGGGUGGGUGGGUAAUACCCAGGCGAAGGAGAUGGGAUUGUAUGGAAGGGAGUUUAGUCCAAUGGUAGCUAUUCCUGUAAAUCCACCAUGGCUACUCCCACCUCCAGUAGUUGAUCUAGAAGUGUUGGAGAGAUGACAGAAAGAUGGGGAUGGUGUUGAUCCAUCUGAUUGGUUUAAGAGACAUCUGGAUACUCUGUAUCAGAAUUGUGUGGCCGUCUACACAGAUGGUUCAAAAGAUCCAAGGACAGGAUGUACUGGGUCAGCAUUUGUAGUGCAGGAAUGUGGGGGGAGAGUCAGGAAACGUAUUACAGAUCAGCUGGCUGUAUAUUCAGCGUAGAUGAUGGCCAUACUGUUGGCCUUGCAGUGGGUGGAGGAAGUUAAGCCAGAAAGAGUAGUUAUUUUCUCUGAUUCAUGUGCAGUGCUAAGGAGUAUCCAGUCCUUUAUAUCACGUAGCAGACACAACCUGCUUUAUGAGGCGCUACAAACCCAUGGCAGGAGUAAACAAAUGGGUAUACAGAUAAUAUUUACAUGGGCCCCAGCUCAUGUGGGAGUGUAAGGGAACGAGGCAGUUCAUGUACUGGCUAAACAAGCACUAAGUAGUCGGGAUGUUGAUGUGGUAGUUUCAAUGAGCAAGGCAGAGGCAAAAAGCAUGAUAUGGGCAGUGAUGGUGGAGAAAUGGCAGGAGCAGUGGAAUAGAGAUACUAAGGGCAGGAUUUUAUUUCAAGUACAGAGGAAAGUUGGGGAGGGGAGAACGGCAGGAAUAUUUACAACAUUAAGGGUGGGACACAGCCAGUUGAAUAAGACCUUACAUGUGAUAGGAAAGUAUCUAACAGGAGAAUGUAUUGCCAGGAAACAGACCGUGGAGCAUGUAUUGAUACAGUGCGGACAUUAUUGGAGGGAAAGAGAGAGGUUGAGAUCUAGUAUGAGAGAGAAGGGAAUAUAGAACAUUUGUUUAAAGAGUAUUAUUGAGUAGAACGUCAUAAGAUAUAGUCUCAAAUAUUUUAUAUUUUUUAAGAGCAAUGGGGCUGGCAGGCAGGAUUUAGUUUCUCCCUGUCUCUGGCCCACACUCCAAAACAGUAGGUGGCGGUAAUGCACCAUAACGUUGGAUGCCAAUCGCCGAUAAACCCCACCGAAGAAGAACGGAUGUCUGUGCGCGGAGUCAGUCUGCUUACUGUUGAUCACCAGAGGGCGCUGUGGCAAAAUGAAUGCACUCUACUCAAACGUCUAUGGUAGUACACCAGGUCAAAGGUUACCAGCGACAGUUUUUUGUUGUUGCAACAACUAACGCAGUAUCCAGAUGUUUCAAUCCUGAACCAAGCAUAGAACAAUGGAUUGAUACAAAAAUCGGAUUUCCCUCUAUGGCGAAAAUGAAUGGGCACCCGAGACAGUAACGACCGAAAUUUAAUGCAUGAGGGAUCCAGUGGACGCUUGCCCCAAACAAGAUGAGGAGACUAGUGUCCCGGAAGAAGGCUCUAACCCUGGUGAAGGAGCUGGAUGCAUUCCCCAAGGUUCCAGAGAGCUAUGUGGAAACCACAGCCAGUGGGGGAACAGUGUCCCUGAUAGCCUUCACAGCCAUGGCUCUGCUGGCUUUCCUUGAGUUCUUUGUGUAUCGAGACACGUGGAUGCAGUAUGAAUAUGAAGUCGAUAAAGACUUCUCCAGUAAAUUAAGAAUAAACAUAGACAUCACAGUUGCCAUGAGGUGUCAAUUUGUAGGUGCAGAUGUCCUAGACUUGGCAGAGACCAUGGUAGCUUCAGAUGGCCUACAUUAUGAGCCAGUCACCUUUGACCUCUCUCCUCAGCAAAGGCUGUGGCACAGAACUCUGCUGAUGAUCCAGGACCGCCUUAGGGAGGAACACUCGCUGCAGGAUGUGAUCUUCAAGACCGUCCUGAAAGGAUCCCCCACCGCCCUUCCUCCCAGAGAGGACAGCCCCUCCCAGUCGCCUGCGGCCUGCAGGAUACACGGCCAUCUUUAUGUCAACAAGGUGGCUGGCAACUUCCACAUCACUGUGGGCAAGGCUAUCCCACAUCCUAGAGGCCACGCCCAUCUAGCGGCCCUCGUCAGCCACGAUACGUACAACUUCUCCCAUCGCAUCGACCACCUGUCGUUCGGAGAGGAGAUCCCAGGGAUCAUCAACCCUCUGGACGGGACAGAGAAAGUCUGCACUGACCAUAAUCAGAUGUUUCAGUACUUCAUCACCAUAGUGCCCACCAAACUGAACACCUACCAGAUCUCAGCAGACACAAACCAGUACUCUGUCACCGAAAGGGAGCGGGUGAUCAACCACGCGGUGGGCAGCCACGGAGUAUCUGGGAUCUUUAUGAAGUAUGACAUCAGCUCGUUGAUGGUGAAAGUCACCGAGCAGCACAUGCCCCUGUGGAGGUUCCUCGUCAGGCUUUGUGGCAUCAUCGGAGGCAUUUUCUCCACCACAGGUAUGAUCCAUGGAAUGGUGGGCUUCUUGGUGGACGUCAUCUGCUGUCGCCUCCAACUAGGAGUCUACAAACCCCGGGAGAUGGGCCUGCUGGACGACCAUGUAAAAAACGAAGCCCCUGCCCCACCCCUGGAAGCUACAGAAAACCACACCCACUGACAGGACUCCCUAGGGCGGGGAUCAUCAACUAGAUCAGGGCUCUCCAACCCUGUUCCUUGAGAGCUAUCCUCCUGUAGAUUUUCGCUCCAACCCCAGUUAACUGAUCUGGUUCAGCUUUUCAACAACUAAUUAUUAAGAAUCCGGUGCGCUAGAUUAGGGUUGGGGCAAAAACCUACAGGAAGGUUUUUCUUUUUCUUGAGCGGAUGGUCAGGGGGCGGGAACAUAAUUGUAAAUUGACCUGAAUAAUAAUCAUUUUAAACCUCGCUUACGAUCACAUAUCUCUCUAUAAUGCGUGGGAAUACUUUGGAACUUAUUUUUUUCAAAAUUAAAAUGACUUGAAGCUGAUUUUUCUGGUGUUUUUACAGUCAUUUUGUCCAACAAAAUAUUGGGGGAGGGGGACAAAUAAAAUCCCUCGUGUGAAUUGGAUGCCAAGAAAGCCAGGCUUCCCCCACCCAAAAAAAAAAA